CACGCAGCCGGCCCGCGCUGCCGCUGGGGAGCCGCCUGAGCCCGGGUUUCGCGGGGCUUCGGGGCCUCGGGCACCCCGGCGGGGUCCCUGCCGCCGCCUCCGGGAAGGACGGGAGCCUCGCGUGGCGGACCCUGCAGCGGUCACCGUGCUGAGACGCAGCUCGGUGCGUUCUUGGGCACCCGGGCGCCCUGCCCGGUGCACGGUGGCUGGCGCACCGCGGCGAGCCGGGUGCCAGACUGUCUAGAGGGGUGUGUGUGUGUGUGUGUGUGUGUGGUGUGCGCGCGCGUGUUCGCGCGGAGAUCCCGAGCUAACGCCGAACCAGGCGGAUCGGAGCAGCCAUGCUUCCCGGGGUAGGCGUGUUCGGCACUAGCCUCACGGCCCGUGUCAUCAUCCCGCUGCUGAAAGACGAGGGCUUCGCGGUGAAGGCGCUGUGGGGCCGCACGCAGGAGGAAGCGGAGGAGCUGGCCAAGGAGAUGAGCGUCCCCUUCUACACCAGCCGCAUUGACGAAGUGCUGCUGCAUCAAGACGUGGACUUGGUGUGCAUCAACCUUCCGCCGCCCCUCACCAGGCAGAUCGCCGUCAAGACUCUGGGCAUCGGCAAGAACGUCAUCUGCGACCGCGCGGCCACGCCGCUGGACGCCUUCCGCAUGAUGUCGGCCGCCCACUACUACCCGAAGCUCAUGAGCGUCAUGGGCAACGUGCUGCGCUUCCUGCCGGCCUUCGUGCGCAUGAAGCAGCUCAUCGAGGAGGGCUACGUGGGCGAGCUGCUGGUGUGCGAGGUGCAGGUGCAUGGCGGCAGCCUGCUGGGCAAGAAGUACAACUGGAGCUGCGACGACCUGAUGGGCGGCGGCGGGCUGCACUCGGUGGGCACCUACAUCAUCGACCUGCUGACCUUCCUCACCGGCCAGAAGGCCGUCAAGGUCCACGGGCUGCUCAAGACCUUCGUGAAGCAGACCGACCACAUCAAGGGCAUCCGCCAGAUCACCAGCGACGACUUCUGCACCUUCCAGAUGGUGCUGGAGGGCGGCGUGUGCUGCACUGUCACCCUCAACUUCAACGUGCCCGGCGAGUUCAAGCAGGACGUGACCGUGGUGGGCUCGGCCGGGCGCCUCCUGGCCGUGGGCACGGACCUGUACGGCCAGCGCAACAGCGCCCCGGAGCAGGAGCUGCUGGUGCAGGACGCCACGCCGGUCAGCAACUCCCUGCUGCCCGAGAAGGCCUUCAGCGACAUCCCGUCGCCCUACCUGCGUGGCACCAUCAAGAUGAUGCAGGCCGUGCGCCAGGCCUUCCAGGACCAGGACGAUCGGCGCACGUGGGACGGCCGGCCGCUCACCAUGGCCGCCACCUUCGACGACUGCCUGUACGCGCUGUGCGUGGUGGACACCAUCAAGCGGUCCAGCCAGACGGGCGAGUGGCACAACGUCGCGGUGAUGACCGAGGAGCCCGAGCUGAGCCCCGCCUACCUGAUCAGCGAGGCCAUGCGGCGCAGCAGGGUGUCCCUCUACUGCUAGCCCGGACUGGGGGGACCGGGACGGGGCCCACCCGGACUGGGGACCCGGCGUGACCCAGGCCUCCAGCCAGAGGGUGGGGGUGGGGGGAAGGGAGAGGUGGUCUCGAGGAGUCUGGGGGCCGGGACGUGGACAGGGGCAGUGUGUGGGAAUGGGGGCCGGGAGGCCGAGCCCCUACCCGGAUGAGGGGCCCCAAUCGAGACUGUGUUGGGGGGCUGCCUCCCGCUGCGCUUCAACUGUGAGCAGCCGGGAGGGCUGGCUGGCCUCUGCACCCCAUUCGUCGCGG